GUGUUUGGUCAUCUUGUGUAAACUUUUUCUUAUCAUCAACUCUGAUUAUCAGUUAACGUGUAACUGUAACGAAAUUAAAACGCAAAAAUCUAAAAAUCUAUAAAAAAUAACAAUUAAUAAUAAUAAAUAAAAGUUUAAAGACUGGGUCCAGUUUUCGAGCGCAAUGGGAGAAGAUUUUAAUGGUGACAGAGAUCGUCAAGAUCGAGAUAAAGACAGAUCGCGCGAACGAGACCGCGAUCGUGAUCGUGACAGGAGACACAAAUCAAGAAGCCGCGAUCGCAGAAAGCGUUCCAGGUCACGUUCAAAAGAUCGCAGAGACCGAAAACGCAGUAAUUCACCUAAAAAAGGACGCAGUUCUCGCAGAAGAAAACCAUCACUUUACUGGGAUGUACCACCCCCUGGUUUCGAACACAUUACACCUCUUCAGUACAAAGCGAUGCAGGCAGCUGGACAGAUACCCGCAAAUAUCGUCGCAGACACACCCCAGGCAGCGGUGCCCGUCGUCGGGAGCACGAUAACACGUCAAGCAAGACGUCUAUACGUUGGUAACAUUCCAUUCGGAGUUACUGAAGAAGAGAUGAUGGAGUUUUUCAACCAGCAGAUGCAUCUUUCCGGUUUGGCUCAAGCUGCUGGUAAUCCAGUGCUAGCUUGUCAAAUAAAUUUAGAUAAAAAUUUUGCUUUCCUUGAAUUCCGUUCAAUUGACGAGACAACCCAAGCGAUGGCAUUCGACGGUAUUAAUUUUAAAGGACAGAGUUUGAAAAUAAGGCGGCCACAUGAUUACCAGCCAAUGCCAGGAAUGACUGACAAUCCGAGCAUGAACGUUCCAGGUACGGUUCCCGAGUUAUUAAUGUUUUCAGACUCGCCGCACAAGAUAUUCAUCGGUGGGUUACCCAACUACUUAAAUGAGGAGCAGGUAUGCAAGGUGAAGGAAUUGCUGAUGAGUUUCGGACAAUUGAGGGCAUUCAAUUUGGUGAAAGACUCGGCGACGGGAUUGUCAAAGGGCUACGCCUUCUGCGAGUACGUUGACGUCUCUAUGACGGACCAGGCUAUCGCUGGACUAAAUGGCAUGCAGCUGGGAGACAAAAAGUUGAUCGUGCAACGAGCUAGUGUUGGUGCCAAGAACCCGAUGAUCGGUACUCAGGCGCCAGUACAGAUCCAAGUACCUGGUUUGUCUAUGGUUGGAACCAGUGGUCCUCCUACGGAAGUACUGUGUCUACUGAACAUGGUAACUCCCGAAGAACUAAUGGAGGAAGAAGAAUACGAGGAUAUUCUUGAAGACAUUAAAGAAGAAUGUAAUAAAUACGGGGUCGUAAGAUCCGUCGAAAUACCGAGACCCAUUGAAGGUGUUGACGUUCCUGGAUGCGGAAAAGUAUUCGUGGAGUUCAACAGCGUGAUCGAUUGCCAAAAAGCGCAGCAGACACUGACCGGUCGUAAAUUCAACAACCGCGUUGUCGUUACCUCCUACUUUGACCCCGACAAGUAUCAUCGACGUGAGUUCUAAACUCAAACAACAAUAUAACAAACUCUUUAAUUAAUAAAUGACAGUAUAUUUAUACAAUUUAAAUAAUUAAUUAUCUAAAACAAUUAGAUAUAAUUGUAAAGUAUAUAAGUGAUUUAUUCCGUCACGGUGAAUGUCUUAAUGUCAUAUCUGCUAUUUUAUGUUUCUUUUCUUCUGUCAAUGUUAAAAUUAAUUUAAUAAUUAAUUAAUAAGAUUUAAUGAGGCAAUAUUGUCAUAGACGGUAUCAACAAGCAU